AUGUGUGUGUUUGACAACUAACUGUUUCAUAACUUGGUAUCAAACUUUACAGUACCAUGGCUUUUUAUCGCACAAAUCUUCCAACUCAAGAACUUGUUUUAGGCAUGAUAUACACAACUUUCUUUCUUUUGCUAGCAACAAAUAUAAACUCAGUACAAGCCCUUUCAUUCAAUUUCACCAAGUUCCCUCCUCAUGCUGUUUCUGCCGGUAUAACCAUCCAAGGGGAUGCUGAGGUGUUAAGCAAUGGAGUCAUAGCACUGACUAAGCGUUUAGAACUACCUCCAGGUACAUUAAUACCAAGCACAGGUCGUAUUUUAACCUCACCUCUGUCCCUUGAUAAUCUUGCUAGCUUUGCCACUUCAUUUUCUUUUGUAAUAGAGCACACCAAUGCGCUCGAACCAACUGAUGGAGUGAUCUUUUUUAUUGCACCACAAGACACUGUGAUUCCACCCCACUCAACAAGUGCACGUUUUGGAGUAGUUGAUAUAGAAAAUGCUUACAAUCAAUUUGUUGGUGUAGAGUUUGACCUUUAUACCAAUAUUCUUGAUCCCAAUAUGAAACAUAUUGGAAUCGAUAUCAACUCUUUAAUUUCGAGCAAGAUCGUGGAAUGGGAAUGGGUGAGUGGAUCAUUGACUCAAGUAAGUGUAGCCUAUGACUUUCCCUCUAAGACAUUGAGUGUUCUUGUCACUUAUGACAAUCGCAAAAUUGCUACCCUUGCUCAAAUAAUUGAUUUGAAAACCGUGCUCCCCAACACGAUUAGGCUUGGUCUAGCUGGUGCUUCAAUAACUGCAACAGCACACGAUAUCUAUUCAUGGUCAAUUAGCAUUUCAGAAUUGAAAACAACUACAAGUAGUGCAUCAGACAAGUAAAGACCCUGCUAGUAAGCAGCUUGUGUGACCUGUACGCGAUUUCUUUUAAAAUAAAGACCAUGCUUAUACCAUGUAUUAGUUAAUUUCUCCUACAUGCUAAAUGUUUGGUCUACAAUUAUGCUCUUCUUUUUGUACUAUGGUUUGGAUCAAGUAUCAUUUGUACUUUUCUCUGUGUUUCA